GCUGCUGCUCAGACGGGUCUGUCUUCACCCCCAGCAAGGAGGGAGGCAGGAUGCAAGCCGGGCUUUGGUUGGCGACCAGUACCCUGGCAGCAGUGCUGGGCUUGGUCCUGCUUGAGGAUGGCGUGUGUCGGGCACCGGAUGGCAAGGACGGCUUCCCAGGAGUCCCUGGCCUCGACGGGAGGCCAGGACAGAAGGGUGAUGUGGGAGAGCCAGGGAAAUCAACAUACAGGACGGGCAUCCAGGGACUCAAAGGGGAUGCAGGCGAGCCGGGGCUUCCUGGCAUCCCAGGGAACCGGGGCUACCAUGGCCUGCAUGGCCCCCCCGGGUUCCCAGGGCAGCCAGGGCCAAAGGGGGACAAGGGGAAAUUUGGCAAUAUCCUGGAGCAGCCACGUCCUGCCUUCUCUGCCUCGCGGAGGUCCCCACCAUCCAUGGGCAGGACCGUGGUGUUCGACAACAUCGUCACCAACCAGGAGAGCUCUUACAGUCCCCAGACAGGGGAGUUCACCUGCCGUGUCCCCGGGCUCUACUACUUCGCCUACCAGGUGGUCUCCAGCGGGGACCUCUGCCUGAGCAUCACCAAGAACAAGGAGCGUGUGGUCAGCUUCUGCGACUACAACAGCCGCAACAUCCUGCAGGUGAACUCGGGCAGCAGUGUGCUCAGCCUGGCCGUGGGCGACCGGGUCUCCGUGAGCACCGACCCUGCCAGGGGCAGCAUGAUUUACAGCGGCUCUGAGGCAGACAGUGUCUUCAGUGGCUUCAUGCUCUUCCCACAGACGGGAUGAUGGACCGCCAGUCCAGACCUGCUUAGCACCAGAGCAUUGUGGUGUGCAUGUCUGCAUAUGUUUUCUCCCUGUGAGUGUGUGGGAUGGUUUAGUAUCACAGCAAACCAGGAUGGCCCCAAAUUGAGCCACCAGACAGGUCCUGUGCUUCCGCCAGUGUCACAAAGUGGCCAGGCUGUGGGUCACUGCUGCAGCAGUGAGACCCCUUAUAGCAGUUACCUGUGUGCUGAGCCUGCCUACUCCAUCUUGGAGGCAGAGGACUCCUGGCACCAACAGCCCUUUCUGCUCCUGGGCACUCAGACCCCACAUUGGCGGGGACCAGUUGUCACUGUGGCCGUCCACCAGCUGUGGGUCUUUAUUCCUGAGUGGGAAAUCACUGCGUGCCACUGCUUCUGCUACACUAACCAUUGCAAAUGCCUUUCUGGCGCUGGGCCACUACUGCCUCUCACAUCCUCCCCAUCAAUAUAAAUAAACCCUUCUUCCAAGACA